GCGCAAUCUUUCUAUUUCUGUUUAUGGUUUUUUUUCGAGAUGGGUGCCUUUUACUCGCACUUGGUCUUUAGACCUCCGGUCCCUGCUUCAUAUACUCAUGAAGACUUUCCUAUAACUUGGAUAGAAACAAAGCAAAACUCUUUGUUUCCGUGCACUUUCAUUCAACAAACAAACGCACACUUUACCUUGUUAUUUUCUCACGGGAACGGUGAAGACCUAGGAAACGCUGUGAGUUACUUGAACCAUCUUUGUAGUGUUCUAAAGGUCAACGCGUUGGCGUAUGACUAUACGGGUUAUGGACUUGCAACAGGGAAACCUUCGGAGGAAGCUUGCUACGCAAAUGUCGAGGCGGCUUAUCUUCACUUGGUAAAUGAGCGGAAAAUUCCCCCAGAGAGAAUUAUAGUAUUUGGAAGGAGUUUAGGCUCUGCUCCAUCGAUUCAUAUUGCUUGGUUGAAACCAGUGAGAGGAUUGAUCUUGGUGAGUCCUCUUAGUUCUUGCAUAAGAGUAGUACGUCCGAGACUGCAUGUGACUCUUCCUUUCGAUAUGUUUGUGAAUAUUCACAAGAUAAGUUUGGUUCGCUGUCCCGUUCUUAUCGUUCACGGUUGUAGAGAUCAGGUCGUCCCGUUUUCGAACGGCCUGGAUCUAUACAAACGUUGCCGUUUGGCAGUUGACCCAUUAUGGAUCUCUGAUGGAGGUCACAACAACUUGGAACUCUACCACAGAGAGGAAAUGAUGGAAAGAUACCAGCGUUUUUUGGAAUAUAUCGAAAAAAGACCACUAGGAGCUGACCAGGACGAACAAGGACGCUCACCGUGGAAGCGUUUAUGGAGGAGGAAGAAAAAGAAACAAGCCAUUAAGAACGAGGAUAGUCAUACUGUCGUGGACUGUUCAGUUGAUACAAUAUCAACUGAAAGAAGAAAGCUGGGAAGACCAGAGUUGUUUACUUCUGAAGAACAACGCAGUUCGAGACGUUAUUUUGGUAUGCGAAGAAGAAAGAAUAGUCGUACAAUUUGAUUUUUUGUAUUUUAUUUCCAAGUUGUGUUAUCUAACCGAGUUGAUUACACACAAUAACUUUAUUAUUUAAUAAAUCGAUGUUGGUUGUA